AUGGGCGGUCCAGAGGUGGAGGGGGAGCUGGUCAGGCUGGUCAGUCGGGCUCGGAGGGGCACAUGUGUCCAGGCUGUUGUCUCCAUGGCGAUGGCAGUGGCUGCAAGGUGUGUCUGCAAGAGAGGAGGGGGGCCACCCUGGGGAGCCAGACCAGGGCAGGGCCACCACGAACUCCCGGUUCCCAAGGGCCGAGGGACACUGGCACAUUCACAAACACACUUGGUACAGCAGGCAGCGGAAACCGGGCAGAAGGUGAGCUCCCUGGGCAAGGACUGGCACAAGUUCUGCCUCAAGUGCGAGCGCUGCAACAAGACGCUGACGCCCGGCGGCCACGCCGAGCAUGACGGGAAGCCGUUCUGCCACAAGCCCUGCUACGCCACGCUGUUCGGACCCAAAGGCGUGAAUAUCGGGGGCGCCGGCUCCUACAUCUACGAGAAGCCCCCGGUCGAGGGGCCGCAGGUCACCGGCCCCAUCGAGGUCCCCGUGGCCCGAGCAGAGGAGCGCAAGGCAAGCGGCCCCCCCAAGGGGCCCAGCAAAGCCUCCAGCGUGACCACGUUCACCGGGGAGCCCAACAUGUGUCCUCGCUGCAACAAGAGAGUCUACUUCGCCGAGAAGGUGACGUCCCUGGGCAAGGACUGGCACCGGCCCUGCCUCCGCUGCGAGCGCUGCGGGAAGACGCUGACCCCGGGCGGGCACGCGGAGCAUGAAGGCAAGCCCUAUUGCAACCACCCUUGCUACUCUGCCAUGUUCGGGCCCAAAGGCUUUGGGCGGGGUGGAGCUGAGAGUCACACUUUCAAGUAAACCCAGGUUGUGGAGACCCUGUCCCCACCUGCUGGGCCACUGUUCAGGCAGAUGCCAGGCCUCGCCCCAGAUGCCCAGGGCCCCCUUGUAUCCCUCGUGCCUUCAAUAAACUUGAACACGUGGAAGAGG